AUGAAUGGAACCACUACCUCACAGAGUACAAGAAAUAACAACAGCAACAACAACAACAACAAUAACAAGAAUAAGAACAAUGAGGUUAAAGUAUGUCGGAGCUAUAUGAAUAAAUUGGGAACAAUUGAUGCUUGUACAGCAAACAUUGGAGGUAGUAUUAUGAUCGAUCAAAUCAAGAAGAACCACACUGUAAAUAUGAUGUCCAUGAAGAAACGUGUGGAUAAUGAAUUACCUUGGUCUUAUAGGAAUGUACCAGCUAAUUUCAAUUUAAAUCGUAGAGUGAGUCCUCUGAAGAAACCAAAAACACUCUCACCAAUUAAUACCAAAGACAAUAGAAUGGCCACUUUAUCAAGCACUCAACAACAUCGAGGAGCACACACUGAAAGAGGAGGCUCUAAGAGUAAAUUAGAUCUGUCAAAGGACAAUAAGAUUGACCCUGUUCAAAUAUUGGAAGAACCAGAAGAUCAGGAAAUUUACGAAAAAUUCCUCGAUUUACUGAGGAGGAGAAAGACCAUUGAGGAGGCUAGAAAGAUAGCUUCCUCUGUCUUUUUGGAAGCCGAAGAGCAAAUGCUCUUAGGAGCUUACAGUGGAGUACCUCAAUAUGUUGAAGGAUUUAUAAGUAAGGAUGACGAACAUCAAACCCCUAAUGAAGAUCUUGAAGAAGAUAGAACCCUAGAGAACCAUGCACAAGAAUCAGAAGCUAAGGAAGAAGAAUUAAAUGAAGGCCAGUACGAAACAUCAUUUGCAACACUGGAAGAACACGAAGAGAGUAUCUCCAAUCCAUAUGAAGACAACUCUAAUCCAUACGAUGAAGAUAACACAAUUGAGGAAGGUAAACCUGAGGUGACUGGAAAGUAUAAGGAAAAGUCUGGAAAGAUUUGGGUUGUCACAGCUUCCACUGCAUCAGCAUUUGAGUUGUUCAAUGAGAAGGAUGGAAGAAAGGCUGAAGGUAAAUAUAUUAAGGAUUCCUCAGGAAAUUAUUCCAUCACUUUUACUUUCCAUGAUCCUAAUGGUGAUGCUGUUUUAACCUCUGUGACAUCGAACCUUAACACGAUUCCUCUCAGUAAUGGAGAUGCCUUCACAAAAGUUGAAUAAAGAAGAGGAGCAAAUCAAUAGAAUAAAUUGUACAUAUUCGAU